AUGCCACCAGAGGUACUCGUGUUCAACAAUAUGUCUGACCACUCAACUGCUCAACCAUAUAUUCCUAACCAACAACAUUCAUAUCAUCUACAACCAGUGCAACAACAGCAGCCACAACAAUUACUCCACCAACAAACAAUCCCCAAUGGAGAUUUUCAGAGCCCCAGUUUUCAAGUAAAUCAGUUUUACGCUGAGCAGAACCUGUUUCAACAAAUGCAGAUGCAAAAGAUGCAAUUGGCUCAGGAACAAGCUAAACUCGAACAACAACAACAACAACAACAACAACAACAACGUGUUCUGCGGACAAAAAAGGUUAAACCGGUAUCAAUGACACCCAAGAAGAAAAGAGGUAGACCACCAAAGCCUGACUCAUUUACUCAAAGAAUCACUAGUACAAUGAAUAUCAAUGUCAAUACUUCUCCUUUGAGUAGUAGCCCUGCUGAAUCUAAUUCCAAUUCCGCUGCUAAACAAGGUGCUCCAAAUGUGUUUACUCCAUUGAUGAGGGUUAGUCCUACCACCAAGACCAAAAGAAAGAGAAAAAACUCCGCAACAUCAACUAUAUCAAACCCAUCACCUGGUAUGUUGAAAAAGGCCAAAUCGUUUUCCCUUCCUUCAACAAUGUUGGCAACCCCAUUAUCUUCGGUGGGUACAAGUUUCCCCAACUCUAUUGAAUCACAAUACCAUUUCAAUAAAAACACAUUGGAUAAUAUUUCUAUGAUUACUCAACUGCAAUCAAAACCUAGCAGAUCACAAUCAUUAUACAAUACUCCACCAAGCUCUGCAGGACAAAAGAAUGGAUGUUUUAUGCCCCAUCAUCGAAACUUGGAUGCAAUGGCAUCUCAAGAGCGUAUAGAUGCAUCACCAAUUAGGAAAAAGUCACCAGAUAGGAAUCUUUUACCACCGGCUUUGCUAACUGGAAAUACACCUAAAGUAGAGUCAAAAACUUCUGAUGAUUUCCAGUUGAAAUUGGUUAUUGAUGAUCUGGGUAAGGCGGUAUUGUCAAGUGAUAUGUUUAAGCCUACACAAGCCACCCCCAAACCACAACUGGCACGCCCCAUUGAAUCAACUGAAGAGAAACCAUCGCGUGGCGUUUUACGUAGGUGCAACUCUGACAUCACUGGUUCCAUAACCCAACCAAAAUUAGAGUCACAACUUGCUUCAGUCAAUGAAAAUUUCAUGACAAACCCACAAACCCCCAAAGACAAUUAUAUGUAUGUAUCUACUGGACUUACACCAAUAUUCAACUUAACCCCUCAAUUCAAUUCGUUAAUGAAUUCAGUCAUGAGCUUAAAUUCACCUCAGUAUAAGAAAGGAAUGAAUCCUUUUUUGGUGAAUCAAGAGAUUUUCACAAGUGAACAAAACCUGCAAACGCCACAUCAAAUUCCUAUAACCCUUUCCCAUAUUCAUCAUUUGGAAAAUUUAACCGAGCAUCCAAGUGAAGAGAAAGAACAAACUGCAGUUGAUGCAGAGGUGGACAGUGAGGAAAUCAAUAUCAAUUCAGGAGCCAGCUCAGAUGAAUCAGGAGAUGCCAGGCUUGCAUUAAAGCGAGUCAUGUACGUUCAAAGAGACUAA